CAACAAGGCAGUAAUCCAGGUCUAAAGGAUCCAGAUCGUAAAAUCAACUGUAUCUGCACACAUGGUGUGGGAAAUAUGAUGGAUGAUGAUACAGAAAUUGCUGUUGUUGGCAUCGGAUGCCAUUUUCCUGGAGGCGAGGGGCUUGAAAACUUCUGGAGAGUCCUCCUUCAAGGAGAAAACUGUGCAGUUCAGAUACCAAAUGACAGGUUUAAUCUCUCUCAGUGGUAUGAUCCAAAUGAGAGUAAAGCAGGAAAGACAUACACAGCAAAGGCAGCACUUAUUAAUGGAUUGAAUGAGUUUGACAACAAGUUCUUCGGCAUCACUGAUGCUGAAUCGAACAAUAUGGACCCUCAGCACAAACUGUUGCUGCAGUGCACCUACAGGGCUCUUGAGGAUGCUGGAAUACCAAUGGAGAAGGCCAGUGGAACGAGAACAGGAGUAUUUUUGGGCCUAAUGAACAGGGACUUUGAGCUGGCUAGUAUAAGGACCAAUCCAAAACACAUUGACCACACCGUAGCCACUGGUGUCGCUAUGAGCAUAGCUGCCAACCGCAUCUCUUACAUAUUCAACUUCACUGGCCCCUCAUUGUCCAUUGACUGUGCCUGCUCCUCAUCUCUUGUUGCCCUGCACUUCGCUUGUCAAGCCAUAAAACAAGGAGACUGUGAAAUGGCCGUGUGUGGGGGUGUGAGCUGUAUUUUGGAACCAGUUAUAUUUGUGUCACUCUCCAAGGCAAAAAUGAUCUCCUCUGAUGGCACCAGUAAACCUUUCAGCAGCAAAGCAGAUGGAUAUGGGAGAGGUGAAGGCUGUGGGAUUAUUCUUCUAAAGCCUUUGAAAAAAGCACUCAAGGACCAUGAUCACAUUUGGGGCAUCAUUUGCAAAACUGCUGUAAAUCAGGAUGGCCACAGUGUUAGUCCAAUAACCAAACCAUCCAUGGUACAACAGGAGGAGCUACUUAAAAAAAUCUACUCAACAGAGACUGAUCUGAUUAAUGUCCAGUACAUAGAAGCUCAUGGGACUGGGACUCCAGUUGGAGAUCCAGUAGAGGCAGGAAGCAUCUCAAAAGUCAUUGCCAAAGCAAGACCUAAAAAGUCAGGGCCACUCAUCAUUGGUUCUGUUAAGAGCAAUAUUGGACACACAGAAUCUGCCGCAGGUGUUGCAGGACUCAUAAAGGUUCUCUUGAUGAUGGAGCACAAAACUAUUGUGCCAUCAUUGUUCUACUCUAUGGAAAACUCCAGCAUAGACAUCGAAUCUCUCAAUAUGAAAAUCCCCACCACAGCAGAAAAAUGGAUCAGAGAUGGCAGAUCAGGGAGGUUUGCAGGAAUUAAUAACUUUGGUUUUGGUGGAACAAAUGCACAUGCAAGUGUCAGACAAUAUGUGCAGUCAAAAAAGCCAAAUGUUCAACAGAUUAGCAAAUCCCAACAGUACUUUGUCAUAUCUGCAGCCUCUGAAAAAUCUAUAAAAAAUAUCAUUAAAGAUACAGCAGAACAAAUCAGAGCAGGUAAAAUAUCAAAUCUGCAGGCUUUAUCGUACACAUCUGCAUGUAGAAGAAGUCAUUUGAAAAACAAAUACAGGAAAAUAUUUCAAACAUCAUCGUUGACAGAACUGCAAGAGAAACUUAAUGCUUCUGUACAGAAAAAGCUUGUACCAUCAAAGACAGACUCCAAGCUAGUUUUUGUGUUUUGUGGCAACGGUGUUACAUAUCAUGGUAUGUGCAAGCAGCUCCUAAAACAAGAGCCAGUUUUCAGAGAGGAAAUCAUUAAGAUUGAAAGUCUUUUGCAAAGCUAUAGAAGUCUGAAUCUGAUAGAGAUGCUGGAAAGUGAAUCUGAGAAAAGUACAGAUCCAUCCGAUCCAAAGAUUGUCCAGCCUCUUCUGUUUGCCAUUCAGGUUGCUAUUGUCAAACUUCUGAAACACUGGGGCAUUAGUCCUGAUGCUGUUUUAGGUCACUCUAUUGGAGAAGUUGCUGCAGCUCAUUGUUCUGGUUUGUUGUCACUUGAAGACUCAGUGAAAAUCAUCCACUAUCGCAGUUCUUUGCAAAGCACUGUGACAGGAGGGAAGAUGCUGGUAGUCAGUAAUAUGGCUGUUUCUGAAAUCUUGAAAAUUCUUCCCUCUUAUUCGGGAAGGGUUUGCCUGGCUGCUUAUAACAGCCCUCAGUCGUGCACCCUCUCAGGAGAUGCAGAUGACAUCGACAGAUUGCAUCAGAAUUUGAGCAUCUCAGCCAGAGGAACUGAAUUGUUCCUUCGAAUUUUGGAUGUACCUGCAGCAUAUCAUAGUCACAAGAUGGAUCCCAUUGAGUCCAAAGUAAAAGAAAGUAUAGGCUCAUUGCAGGCACAUAGUUUGGAGACAGAACUGUUCUCAACAGUGACAGGUGUAAGUUUGUGUUCCUCAGAUUUUAUUACUGGUGAAUAUUGGGCAAGGAAUAUCAGAGAGCCAGUUGAAUUUGAACAAGCUGUGAAGUCUGCAGCUAAAAACAAAAAGAAUGCGAUAUUUGUUGAAAUUGGUCCAAGAAAAUCUUUGCAGAGGUACAUCAAUGAGACUCUGGGAAAUGACUUCAUUGUGAUUCCCUCAGUGCAGCCUGAUAAAGAUCACGAGACAAUGCUUGCUGUUGUUUCCAAACUGUUUGAGUUUGGGGUCACAGUGGACUGGGAAAUGUUAUACAAAGGUUUUGAGACUGAACCAAUUCCCUACCCACGAUACCAGUUUGAUGAUGUGAAGAGUGAUGUCUUCACUUCACGCUUGCAGUCAAAUGCUACUACUAGCAACCAUCCAGUAGUUACACAAAUUGGCACAGGCAGUUCAAUGUUCAGCUGUGAUUUAUCCUCUGAAUCAGUGGCCUUCCUGCAGGAACACAAGCACAAUGGGGUUGCCAUCAUUCCUGGCGCAUUCUAUGCAGAGCUGGGUUUAGCAGCUUACAUGGCAUAUGCGAAACCUAAGGUUCCACUAAGUUCCCUGCAGCUCAGCAUAAAAUUCCAGAGUCCAUUCGCUUUCACCCAGAAGACCCCGGAAAUAAACAUACAGCUGGAUCAUUCAGAAAAUUUGGAUGAUAACACAUGUAACUUCAAAAUACAGUCUACUUCUGCAGUCUAUGCAUUUGGCACAGUAGAAACAAAACCAGGUAGAAUGCCUGAAGAACAAUUUAUUUCAUUAGACUGUAUUUCCAAAAGAUGUACAUUGCAUAUGACUACUGAAGAUCUCUACAAGCAUCUAAGUCAAACAGGAUUUGAAUAUGGGUCUGUCUUCAGAAAUAAGGCAGAUAUUUUUUGUGGAGAAGAAUUUAGAGAGGUUAUAUCAGUUGUGAAGGUCCCAAAGGAAUUAUUCCCUCAAUUACAUGACUAUCACGUUCACCCUGUGGUCUUGGAUUAUGUAAUGCAAAUUGUACCUAUAACUAUAGGGCAUGAUGUGUCAUCAAGGCCUCAAUUUCCUGCACAAAUUGGAAGCCUGACUGUAUUUGAACCAUUGCAAAAGGAGAUGGUUGUAUAUCUGAGAGCAGUAAAUGUGGGAGAAGAUGAAUUUGACAUUUGUGGCUGCUUAGCCAACAAACAGGGUAGGGUGUUGGUUGAACUCAGCUAUGUGAAGAUCAAAAUGCUAGGAAGUCGUUCCCAAGUAGUCAAAGAGUACUUCUUCCAUAACAAUCUCAGUAUCAUCUCUGAAUUUGCUCAAUUUGAUACACAGAUUAAGGCACUGGUAUUUUCUGACCAGGUAGGAAUUUCCGAAGCAUUGCAACAGUACUUGGAUCCAAAAUCUAGAUAUGUAUCUCCUUUAAAAGCUAACAUACUGUUAGAAGAUGGAGUUGAACUCCUUCUGUCAAAACUGAAAAUUUCAAGUGUAAAGAAAAAUUUCCAGGAAAUUUUGUUCAUUUGGAGUGAUGCAGAUUUAACCUCUCUCGAAUCAGAGAAGGUCUUGGACGGCAUGGCAGGGUGUUGUGAGGUUUUCCGAAAGAUUGUCGGCUAUCUCAAGACGCUUCAUUUUCCAGGUGAUAUCAGAGUAAUAACCUAUAGGUGCUCUGAGACCUUAGUGGACUCCAUCAACCCUGGAUUUGUUCUAUCAGGCAUGACAAGAGCAUGUGCAGCUGAGUUGCCAGAGCUUUCCUUCCAGCUGAUUGACAUGGGCUCUGCCUCUUUUGAGGACAUCAGAGCUUUGAUUCAAGUCCUUAGGUCUUACCCCUGUCACAAAUAUCCAGAGCUAGUUGUGAAGGAAGGCAUAAUUCUCAAACCUGAAAUCACCCACACACCAUUGCCAACCUUGGCAAUCUCUUCAACAAAUGUCCACAUGUUGCAUGAUCAAGUCUUUAUGUUGCAAACAUCUGACCCAUAUAUAAUGAAAAAUCUGUCAGCAACACAAGUUGAUAAUUUAAUUGAACUUAAACAAGGAAAAAACAUUGAGCUACACCUCAGAAAAAUCUGCAUUCAUUCAUCAGACUACUUUCCAGUCAGCAUUUCUGAUCUGAAUUAUGGUCAGACAUUGUACUGGAACAAGCACACAAAUGAAAACCAUAAGCUCUUAGCCCUCGACUUCAGUGGCACUGUCACAGCAGUGGGCAAAGAUGUCAGUAAAUUUAAAGUUGGUGAUCACGUUGUGUGUUGUUACCCUGUGGCUGCCACCACUAAAGUAGUUCUCCCAGCAGCUGUUUGCUGUAAAGCUAAAAGGCUUUCAUUCCUAAAUGAAAUCCCUUGUGUCUCUUAUAUGGUCUUAGCUUGGGAGAUCUUGCAUAAGGCUUUACCCAGAGCUAAACAGCCAAGGAAACUGGGUAUUUUCUCCACUGUCCCUGACUCAGCUUUGAUGACUGUUUUAAUUGCUAUUGCAAACAGAUUAGGUUGGACUGUCAGAGUGAGCACACAGGCUGAUCAGCUGUUUUGUGAUUUUAGUGAGGUUGUGGGAGCUGUCUUUCUUCCUCCUUAUAAUGUAAAAACUGCUCAAAUAGCUAGCAGCGUUAAAGGCAUCAAAGACAUUGUGUUUGUCUGUGACAACCAGACAGAUUUUCCAUUUAAUUCAACAACAUUUAGAGGUACAAAUGAGGAAGUCUACUGCCAUGUACUCUACAUGUCCCAAAUAAUGCAGAAAUCUUCUCUGCAAACCCAAAUGCCACAAAUUUACCGUUGGCUGAUAUCUAUGGAUUUGGGCAGGAAGUCGUUGUCUUUGGAUGCAACAGCUGUUCAAAGAGUAAAAUCUCAAGACGUUGAUCUUUUGUCUGUAAAAGAAUCUGAAUCAUACUUCAGAUGCCAGAUCGUACCCAUAAUAGUCCUGAACAGUGCUGCCAAACACCAGCUGUCUGACAUUCCAGUGAUGCCUAAGCACGGUUUAUUCCAGAAAGAUUCAGUAUAUAUUGUCACAGGUGGUCUAACGGGAUUGGGCUUUGAGACAGUAAAGUUCAUUGCUCAGAAAGGAGGAGGAAAAAUUGUUAUCCUGUCUAGAAGUAAUCCAAACUCUGCGAUGCAACAAGAGAUAAGUCAAGUCAGUAGCCAAUGGGAUUCAGUCAUUAAAUCUCUGCCAUGUGAUGUUUCAAUAUCUGAGCAGGUGAACCAGAUGAUGGUUAAUAUUGGAAAACUAUUUCCAUCCAGUCCCAUUAAAGGGGUAUUCCACAGUGCGGUUGUCCUGCACGAUGGGCUGAUUGAACGUCUUGACAGAUCUCUUUAUGAGAAAGUCAUGAGGCCAAAGGUGAAUGGAGUGAUUAACCUUCAUCGUGCAACCUUGCAAUGCAAUCUGGAUUACUUUGUGUGUUAUUCUUCCAUCUCUGCCUUCAUUGGAAAUCCCUCACAAACAAAUUACGCUGCGGCUAAUACGUUCAUGGAUACUUUCUGUCAGUACCGCAGAAACAUUGGGCUUUCUGGACAGUCCAUUAAUUGGGGGGCUUUGAAUCUCGGCCUUCUUCUGAACAAAGUCCAUUUCCAAAGAUUUCUGGAGGCAAAGGGAAUCAUGCUUUUGGAGAUUCCAGAAAUCCAUGAAAGUCUUGAGCAGUGCCUUUUGAUCAACAAGCCUCAACAGGUUGUAUGCAGGUUUGAUUUUAAUAAAAGCUGGAAUAACAUCCUAAGUCAGAACAAAUCACUGAGUGUACGCUUGUACAAAAUAGCACAGGAAGCCAUCAUUAAAACUGGAGUGAUCAUGUCUAGACCUGAGCAACCCAUGACAUCCUCCUCACCACGUGAUUAUCUGCAGCUCAUGAUUAGCGAAACAGCUGGUGUUGAGAUGGAUGAGUUGAAUGAUGAUGUUAAACUUUUCGAUUUGGGGAUUGACUCAAUGUUAGCCAUGACUCUGCAGAAUGUUCUCUUUGCUGAUAGAGGUGUGAAUGUCCCUCUAGUGACUCUGCUGGAUCCGAAUAGCACAUUGUUAACGCUCAUCAAAAUCCUGGAGCAAAAUUGUGUAGAAGAAUAUCAGAAUGACGAUGAGAGCAAUUCCACAUACUUAUAAAGUUGAUUUGUAUUUCUCCACAGAAGUCCUGCAUCCUCUGUAUUAACAGCACAUAUAAUUAUGAUCAGUUAGAUUUUGCAGAAUAUUCUGACUGUAGACUUAAUUUUUUUAUCAUGAUUUUACACUGUAAAAUGUGAUAGCUUGGAAUUGUUACCAUAGGGAGAUUUUUUUAAAGUCUGAUUUAAACCCAUAUUUGUGAAAAUUGGACCACAAAACCAGUCAUCAUUUUUUUUUUUUAAUUGAAUUGUAUACAUUAUCCAAAAAGCUGAAUAAAUAAGCUUUCUAUUGAUUUAUGGUUUGUUAGGAUGGGACAAUAUUAAGCUAAUAUACAACCAUAUGAAAACCUGGAAUCUGAGAAAAAAAGCUGUCCAAAUAAAGUUCUUAGCAA